CUUACUAAUUAUAUAUUUUAGAUGAACCAGUGAAUAGCAGGGAGGAGCAGCCAAAGGUUCAAAUUGAAAGUGGAUUUGAGAUUUACCUUAUCAAAGAAGAAGAGAUAGAAGAAACUUCACUUCAACAGAAUGAUGUUUGUUGCAGCUCUAAAAACGCUUCAGAUGAUUUGGACUGUCAGGAGAAGAUAUCAGAAUCCCAGUUAUCAGAGGAUGAAUGUUUAGAGGUUGACAGCGAGGGAGCAUCUGAAGGAGAACAUUUAGAGAAGGAAGAUCAUGAGGAUUCUGAAUCGGGAUGGCUUCCCGUUUUAGAAGGUAUCUCUCCCGUCUCUCAAGACUCCAGCCAAGUUCUACCAAGCAUGGAGAACAGUAGCCAGAGUGAAAGAGAGCUAGAUGAAUCCAUGAAUGAUCCAACAAAUUCUCCUCCUACCCGUGAUGAAGAUUCUACAGGGAAACAGGGAUUUGACUGCACCAAGUGUAAAAAGAGAUUUUCUGUUGAAUCUGAUCUUGGAUCUCAUGUGAUGACGUGCUGUGGAAACCUAUCUACUCAAUGUCCAGUCUGCAAGAAGAUUUUCACGUCAAAGCCGAAUCUAGGAAAGCACAUGAGACUUCAUACUGGGGAGAAACCAUUUGAAUGUGGUGAAUGUGGAAUGAGAUUUACUCAGAAGCCACAUCUAGUUUACCACCACAGAACACAUACGGGUGAAAAACCCUUUAAGUGCACAGAAUGUGGUAAAGGUUUUAUCACAAAGUCUGUCCUAAAAGAUCAUUUUAGAAGACAUGGAGGUAACGAACCUUUUCAAUGCUCUUAUUGUGACAGGAAACUGAAUUCCAAGAAUCAUCUCAUGGGACAUGAGAGAACGCAUACUGGUGAGAAACCUCAUCCUUGCUCUUCAUGCAGUAAACGAUUUUCAAGAAAAUAUCAACUUAUGGUUCAUGAAAGAAUACACUCUGGUGAAAAACCCUUUCAGUGCACAGAAUGUGGUAAAGGUUUUAUCACAAAGACUGUCCUAAAAGAUCAUUUUAGAAGACAUGGAGGUAACGAACCUUUUCAAUGCUCUUAUUGUAACAGGAAACUGAAUUCCAAGACUCAUCUCAUGAGACAUAUGAGAACACAUACUGGUGAGAAACCCUUUAAGUGCUCAGAAUGUGGUAAAGGAUUUUCCCAAAGAAGUCACCUAACAAUGCACUUGAGAAAACAUGGAGGUAAUGAACCUUUUCAAUGCUCUUAUUGUAACAGGAAACUGAAUUCCAAGAGUGAAUUCAUUAACCAUGAGAGAACGCAUACUGGUGAGAAACCUUAUCCUUGCUCUUCAUGCAGUAAACGAUAUUCAAGAAAAGAUCACCUUUUGAUUCAUGAAAGAAAAGUACACCUGAAAGCAAAGAGUCCCGAAACGUCCAAAGACUCUAAUGAUGACAGUGAUGUGUCUUUUCAAAAGGACCUUGAUAAACAGAAGACAUGCAGUGAUAAGAGUUCUUAUCAAUGUCCUGAGUGCAACGAGAAAUUUAAAACAAAGAUGACUUUCACGCAACACAUGAAAGAGCAUACAGGAGAUAAGAUCUAUCAAUGCGGUGAAUGCAAGAAGGGUUUCACUUCAGAGUCUGGUCUCAAACGUCAUAUGAGAAUACACACAGGUGAAUGGCCCUUUCAAUGCUCUCAAUGUUAUAAGCAGUUUGUUUCAAAGAAGCAAUUCAAGUUGCAUACGCUAAGACACAAAAGGGCAACACUCUCAUGUAGCUAUUGUGAUGUGAAGUUUUUGGCACAAGGCGAUCUUAAUCGACACAUUCGCACACAUACAGGGGAGAAGCCCUUCCAGUGUGAUAUAUGUAAGAAAAGAUUCAACAGAAAUUCUGAUGUUAAUAAGCAUCUGCAGAAGGCAAAGGGUCAGGGUCCAUACCCAUGUACAGAUUGUGAUGAGAUAUUUUGUUUGAAGGUUGGUUUAACAAACCAUAUGAUAACGCACAUCCAACCAAUGCCUUAUCAAUGUUCUGAAUGCUUGCAAAAGUUCAAAAGCUCGUCAGAAUUGGAGUCACAUGAUAUGAAUAAACACAAAGGAAAAAGGAUCCAAUUCUUGUCUAAUUUGUAAAGAGACAUUUUUGUCCCAAGAUUACCUUAGUGUACAUAUGCAAAUUCACUCUGAUGAGAAACCAUACAAAUGUUCUGAAUGUAGAAAGAGGUUUAGUUUGAAGGAAUACCUUGACACACAUAAGAUAAUACACUCAGCCAUAAAGCCUUUUGAGUGCAAUGAAUGUGACGAGAGGUUCCAUCGCAAUCAUGAUCUGAAAAAGCAUAUGAUGAGACACACAGGAAGUGAGCCAUAUCCUUGUUCUGAAUGUAAAGGCCCGGUCACACAGAGAGGACGCAUGGAAACGCACGGCCGGCGCAUGGAAAAUUUGC